AGGGCCGGCCUCAGUUAAAGCUGUGUGUGCAUACCGGCAAAUUCGUUGACAAAUUAAGUAAAAAAUUUGAGCUAAAGGAUCAGUGUUCGCUUCGCGAGUAAUAUACACGUGCCUCGUAUAAGUUCACUUUCGACUGGACUCUUGGCCAACAAUCACACUUACUCGUCUCUCAAGUCAUACAUCGAAAACAAUUAAUUUUUUACUGAUGUUUCUCUACUUAGAGAAUAAAAUUUAAAUCGUUCUCAAGAUCGAACUAUGAAUUCUUUUUUCGAAAGAAAAUUUAUAUUCGAGAUGGAGUGGGACUGACUCUGAUUCCUUUAUAUUCGAUUAUAAUUACAAGGAAGUAAGAGAAAGAAAUUAACAAUGCCAGCCUGUACUAGUGAAAACGUUUCGAGGUUUUGGUCCUCGAGUCCACCGAUUUCCAGGAGCAAUAGCGUAUCUCCUCCGAUACCUAGUUCACCAUUGUCUACGUCGCCGCCUUUGAUAUCACCGAUAUCUACUUUGAAACGAUCUGUAUCGAAUGUUUCUAAUCAUUCCAAUGCAUCGAACAUCUCCCAGUCAUCGAACAAUUCGGGCACACCUACUGUCAUAUUUUCACCGAAACGACAGCAGCAACAUCAACAACACCAACAGAGGUUGCAGUUAAGCUAUCAAGCUCAGCCAACACAAGGACAGGAUCAUAAUCGAAAUGACUCGUUGCUACUGAAAAUUUUCUCGGUGUACAUAGACAUGUUAUACGUAGUACUUCAAAGUAUCAUCUGCGUAAUAACUUAUGCGAUCUGGGCGCCAGCACUCGGGGCAUCUAUUUGGGUUUACAUGCUAUGGCUAAUUUUCCAAUUUCCCUUGACCACUUUCAAAUGGUUCCUAACCGUGCUCUAUAUCCCGGUUUCGGAGAGGACUCGUACUAAACGCUGCGUUCUUAUUAGUGGUGGAAGCACGGUGCAAACAGUUCAUUUAGCACGAAACUUCUAUAAAGCCGGCGCUAGAGUGGUGAUCUGCGAAUUGGAGGGUUUAUUCAGCUUGGCCAAGUUCUCAACUGCGUGCUCCAAGUUCUAUACGAUUCCAAAACCAGGACCUGGAAACGCGAUCGAGUACAUCAAAGCGUUAAAAGACAUUGUCCAAAAAGAGAAGGCUGUCUAUUAUAUUCCGGUGAGUGCUAGUAACACGGCCUACUAUGACGCCUUGGCGAAACCUUACCUGGAGACAAUGGGUUGUGAGUGUUUCGUGCCUGGUGCCAGUGAAGUGACAACUCUGGACGAUCCCUUGGAACUUUUGCAAAGAUGUCAAACAUUAGGUCUACCGACCCCCUGUCAUGUCGUUUUACGCUCUAUACAAGAUGUUUCGAGAAUGUACGAACAGAAUGCGUUCUCCACUGGAAGAUACUUGAUGCUAGCUGCAGGACCAGUUGGAAUGAGAGAUCGAAACAAGAUGAUACUGCCUCCGACUAUAAGGGAAUUCAGAAACCAGCAGUACGAGAUUAGCGAAAGUAAACCUUGUAUAGUAAUACGUGACCCUGGCGACAGACACUAUAUUACUUGCACUACGGUGAAGGAGUCGAAGAUCGUGGCCAACGUGACUUGCUUGGUGGACGAAGAGCGAGGCUUGAUACCUGAAGAACAUCCGGAAAUAAUGGAGUGGCUCGACAGAUUUUUCGUUCGGUUGUUUAGUACCAGGAUCAAUGGGCACUUGAGCUUCAGAUUAGCCGUAACGGAAGAAGGAGAACUAGUGCCAAUCGGCUGUCGAGUAGGCGUUAGCUUACCCUACAUCUGUCACACGGGAAUUCAUCCUCGAUUGGUAUGGAAACCCUGCAGACACUUCUCCAGACAAAAUUCAGGAGUCUUGACUACGUCGGACAGGCAUUUGCUACCGAAUGGAGCAUCUUAUGCACUGAAAAGAUUAGCGGGAGAGACCGUUCCUCACCUGUUGGGCACCGUACUCGACAAACGAGAAGCUCUUUUCGCUUAUUGGGACCCACUACCAUAUUGUGCCUACUAUCAUCUUCAAUUACCAUUCAGACGCCUCGCAGGCAUAAUUCGAGCACAGCCAUCGCGUAAACGGAGUCAGAGCAAAAGAAAACAGAAUGGAAUGGUUGAGAAACGAGCCUGCAUGAUUUCAAUCGAUUUCACGAAGGCAGCCAGUAUUCGGAGAUACGGAUCGAACGAACGAAUUCUUGUGCUUGAAAAUAGAAAAAUCGAACUGAACGAUACAAGGGAAGGGAGGAUUCGUGCGGGAAAUCUAUAGAUUUCAAAGGUCAAGUUCAUCUUUAUCGAUAAUAAAUACUGCUGAAAUCACAAACAAAGUGGAUGUGAAUUGAAAAAGAAGAAAAUGAACAGGCAGAAGAAAAUAUACACGUUCGAAUCACGUGCCGUUGCUGUUAGACAAACCACUUUUGCGCGCUGCAAUUUAACGUAUGUUCCUAUCUUCAUAGACUGCUAUAGUGCUGAGAAAAUUAAGUGAAAAUUUCGUGUUUCGCAAAUGUACAAUUAUAUUGCGUGUACAGUGGACACACAUAUCUUUUCUCGUAUUCAAUUCGAAUUUCUUUUUUUAUUUCUCUGCAUCGAUGAUUCGACGGUGAACUUUACCUAGUAAAUAAGCAUGCGUGCAUACCUACAUACAAACACUAUUAAUAUAUUUUAUAUUUUAUAUUUCAUUCAUUACACAUUGUUACAUCAAACUCGAUAAAUUAUAAAUAAUGUUAAUUGACCUAUUAUUCAUACUAAGCGGAUAAGAGGAUGUUGCGACGAUUCUCGUUCAAGAGCGGGUUGGUUUACAAACUUUUUUCUAUUUCUCGACGAAUACCGAGAUGCUGCAGAAUUUCUGUAUAUUUAUAGUAUUUGAUAUUUUGUAAGGAGUCGAAUUAACUAAAAUUCGUGUAAAUACUCGUGAGCACAUUAUGAAAAUAACGAACGUAUCAAUAAAAGUUGUUCAGAACGGAA